UAGAUAGCAUAAGAAGCAAACUGGAAAGUGAGACGCAUCUCUAUAUAAAGUAUAAACCGUAGCACUCCACAAACACAGCACAGCAGCAAUGGCGAUUAAGGUCUACGGCCAACCUGCCUCCUCCGCAACGAGAAGAGUUCUUGUUGCCCUAGAAGAGAAGGGCCUCGAUUACGAGCUAGUUCUCAUCGAUUUAUACACCGGCCAGCACAAGAAGGAGCCAUUAAUCUCAAUCAACCCAUUCGGCCAGGUGCCCGGAUUUGAAGAUGGCGAUUUGCAGCUCUUCGAAUCACGGGCCAUAGCGAGCUACAUCGCGCAUGCGUACGCGGACAAGGGAAGUCCGCUGAUCUCGAAGGAUCCGAAAAAGAUGGCAAUCAUGGGAGUAUGGGUGGAAGUAGAAGGUGAGAAAUUCAAUGUGGCCGCCCAGCUACUGAGCUACGAGCUUUAUUUGAAGCCGAUCAAGCUGGGACUGACGGCGGACGAGGCCGUGGUUGAAAAGAGGCAGGCCGAGUUGGCAGCGGUUCUCGACAUUUACGAGGCCCGUUUGGGAAAAUCCAAGUAUUUGGGUGGCGACGACUUCUCGUUGGCCGAUCUGCUCCACAUUCCCAUCCUUUACAACUUGCAGAAAACCAAGGUUAAGGCGGUGUUCGACGCGCGCCCUGCCGUUGCCGCCUGGGCCGCAAACCUCUUGGCCCGCCCUGCUUCGCACAAGAUUAAUGCGGCUUAAAGAAAGACCUCUUCAUCAUGCUCAAACCAAACCUCGUUUUCUACUUAUUCUAAUUAAAUAAUUUUAUGAUAGUAUGAAGUUUGUUUGCAUUUUA